AUGGUAUUUGGGAUAAUUGCAAAGAGUGGAUCACGAUUAUUUACCAAAUAUGAUUCAACAAAUUCCACGAUUAAUAGACAACGUUUAUCAUUUACUGCAGCAGUUCUCAUGUCCAUUAUUGGAGUUGGUGUUUCACUAUUUAGUACAAAUAAAUUAUUAGUUGCUUCAUCAUCAACUAGAACAAUAUGGACUCGAUCAAAAUGA